AUGAUUUAUCAGCCGCUCACUGACCGCAAGUUUACCUGGUUUCGGGGCCAUUCGUGCAGUUGUAUUGAUAGAGCUCUGGUUAGUGUGAAGUGGCUAGAAGUGUUUUCAGAGACUCGGUUAAAAGGUGGGCCAAGGAGUUUGUCAGAUCACUGUCCUGUAAUUGUGAAGGAUAACAUGCAAAGAGGGGGCCCGAAGUCAUUUCGUAGCCUAGAUUCGUGGUUUACACAUGACGGGUUUCUUAGAAUGGUGAAUGAGGAACGGAAAGGUCUAGGGGAGAUGCAUUUCACAGAUAAGUUAAAGGCUUUGACGGCCCCGUUGGGUAGGUGGCAUAAGGUCAACUUUAGUGAGAUGGACAAGAAGAUUUCAAAGUUUGAGGAUGAGAUAAAGAGAAUUGAUGAUAUGGUAGGUAGUGGAGUGUAUGACGGCACGAUAGAGGCAAGAAGAAAGGCGUUAGUUACUUGCUGUGAGAAGUGGUAUGUGAGGAAAAAAGUACACUGGAAGCAGAGGUCGAGGUCUCAACAAGCGAUGAAUAUGGACAAAAACACGAGAUCCUUUCACAAUGUAGCUUUAGCAAGAAGGAGAAAUAACAUGAUUGAUGCUCUGGAAGUGUCUCCGUUGGUGGGGUUCAGAGAUGGUCUGGUGGAGAGGAUAGAUGAGGUUGAUUCUGUGAAUUUGGAGGCUAUGCCAUCCACUGAGGAGAUCAGAGAGGCGGUUUGGGAUUGUGAGACAUCUAAGGCGCCAGGUUGUGAUGGAUAUAACACGAAUUUUAUCAAGAGGUGCUGGGAUGAGAUUGAGUCUGAGUUCACGACAGCUGUGAUGGGGUUCUUUCAGACGUCUAGGUUACCGGCUGACACCAAUAUCACUUGGGUGGCUCUGGCACCUAAGUUCAUUGGUGCGAAGGAGAUCAAAGACUUGAGGUCUAUUAGUAUAGUUGGGUGUGUGUAUAAGCUUAAACUAAGGAAAAAGGAGGCAGCAAUUAUCAAGCUGGAUUUUCAAAAGGCCUAUGAUAGAGUCAAGUGGAGUUUUGUAGAUAUUGUGUUGCAACAAAUGUGGUUUGGAAGUAGGUGGAGGGAAUGGGUAAUGGAGUGUGUGACCACCACAUCUAUGUCGAUCUUAAUUAAUAGAUCGCCAUCUAAGCCGUUCAAAAUGGAAAGGGGAUUGAGACAAGGUGACCCGUUAUCUCCUUUUUUGUUUGUGCUGGUUGUAGUAGAUGUUCUGCACAAAAUGGUUGGAAAGGCAGUCAGAAAUGGGUGCAUAUCACCUUUGGUGGUUGGAAGGGAUAGUAUAGAGUUGUCGCAUCUUCACUUCGCGGAUGACACUAUUCUGUUUUCCCCAUCAGAAGAGGAGACUGUGAAGAAUUACAAGCGGCUUCUGCGUUGCUUUGAAUUGAUGUCAGGGCUAAGUAUAAAUUUUGACAAGUUCAGCUUGAUACCAAUCAAUUGUGAAGGGCAAUGGGUUGAUCGCAUAUGUAGCUUGUUUAAGCCUAUUAUUGACAAGGUGGAGGAGAAACUCAGCUUAUGGAAAGCUAAGGUGCUAAGUAAGGCUGGGAAAUUGGUGCUUAUAAAAGCGAUGUUGAAUAGCUUGUCAGUGUAUUAUUUGAGUUUAUAUAAGAUGCCAAAGGCUGUGGCUGAGAAGCUGAUCUCUUUGCAGAGAAAUUUUUUUUGGAGCAAGGUGGAUGGGAUGAAUGGUAUAGCUUUAGUGAAAUGGGAAGUGGUGUGGGCUCCUAAGAAGCUUGGGGGGUUGAGAGUGGGCGACGCCAUAGUUCGUAACACUGCACUUUUGUUCAAGUGGUGGUGGCGGUUUGCAAAGGAAGAGUGCCCGCUAUGGAAGAGGGUGGUCUGCUCCUGUAAUAAUCUGAAUCCGAAUGAGCUACUGUCCACUCAAGUGCUACCUACUAGAGGAGGACCAUGGAAGGACAUUUGCCAAAUCCAAAUCAAGGAGCAACUUAUAAGGGACAAGAUGAUUACAGGUUUGUCCAUGGAGGUUGGUGAUGGGAGACGGACUCCAUUUUGGGAGGAUGUAUGGUUACAGUGUGGAUCUUUGAAAGAUCGGUUCCCUAGGCUGUUCUCUGUUUCAAACCAAUAUGGAUUGGUACUGCAUGAGGAUUUAUUGCCAAAGGAAAUAUCCAGUUAUAACUUCACUAAGACCAUAUGGAAAGGCGUAGUCCCCCCAAGAGUGGAGCUGUUUACUUGGUUUAUCUUGGUAGGAAGAGUGAAUACUAAGGAAAGACUGAGUCGGUUCGGGAUUCUUAGUCAGAAAGAUAAUGGGUGCAUUUUUUGUAACAAAGAUGUGGAACAGGUCCAUCACUUGUUUCUUGGCUGUGAGUUUGCUUGGCAGUGGCAGAGGGACGAUGACGUCAGUGAUACUCUUCGGUGUCUAGAGGAGCGACGGCGCAACCCUCAGCAGCUCGACGGCAAUGUAAAUUUCCAACUUCGCGCGACCUGCUUCUCCCUCGACGACGACGACAACCCAGCAGCAACGGUGAGGGGUCGGCGGGAAAAGCCAAGGUGA